AUGGGGCGGCCUUUCUUUUUUUUUCUCUUGCCUUUGCUGCAGCAGCUUCGCGAUGAAUCAGCAGCAGCAGCAGCAGCAGCAGCAGCAGCAGCAGCAGCAGAUCCGGGGUUCUUCACAGAGGACGUAGUGGACCUUGAGUGGGCCUCUGACGGUGCUGCUGCUAGUGCAGCAGCAGCAGCAGCAGCAGCAGCGCCAGCAGCAGCAGCAGCAGCAGCAGCAGCGGAAGUCGGCGUGGAUUCCUUGCCGCUGGUUGCAGCGGCCGAAGAACCAGCAGCAGCAGCAGCAGCAGCAGCAGCAGCAGCAGCAGCAGCAGCACUUCCAACUCCAACAGCAGCAAACCCUGCAGCAAAUGGCUCAAACUCAGCAGCAAAUUCUCUCCUUUCUCUAAGCCCUCAACCCCGCCGCUCAAAGAGCAGCUAUUAUGUACCCUUCCCCUCCAGAACCUUCCGGGGGGCCCCCCGGGGGGCCCCCCGGGGGCCCCCACGGGGGCCCCCGGAAGAGUACCCGGCUGGGGGCCCCCCCGCGCAGCGUGCGCAGCUGCAGGAGCUGCAGAGGGUACCGCAGCAGCAGGAGGGGCCCCCCUAG